AAUCCCGAGCCGAGCCGCUCCGUUGAUUCGGGGGGGAUGGCGCCGAAGGAGAGCGAGCAGAGUCCGGCCGAGGCGGCGCCCGCACCGGCUGAGCGGAGCAUCCCGGAGGAGGCGCGGCGGCUGCUGCGCGAGCUGGCGGUGGAGUGGGAGGACGUGGCCGGCUGCGGCCGGGAGCCGGAGGUGGUGCCGCUCAAGGGCGCCAUGACCAACGAGGUGUACCAGGCGCGGUGGCCCACCGGCGGCGAGGAGAGGGAGGCGCGGACGGUGCUGGUGCGGGUGUACGGGGAGGGCGUGGAGCUGUUCUUCGACAGGGAGGACGAGGUGCGCACGUUCGAGUGCAUGUCGCGACACGGCCACGGACCGCGCCUCCUCGGCCGCUUCCCUAACGGCCGCAUCGAGGAGUUCAUCCACGCCAGGACACUUUCAGCUGCUGACCUGCGUGAUCCGGAGAUUUCAGCUAUUAUAGCCUCCAAAUUGAGGGAAUUUCACAAGCUUGACAUGCCUGGUCCAAAAUCUGUGCUCAUUUGGAAAAGAUUAAGGAACUGGCUCAAAACUGCCAAGAACUUGUGCUCCUCUAAUGAAGCCAAAGAGUUCUGCUUGGAUAGCAUGGAGGAGGAGAUCACUGCAUUGGAGAAUGAAUUUUCAGGGGAACGUGAAUGCAUAGGAUUUUGCCAUAACGAUCUCCAGUAUGGAAAUAUCAUGAUUGAUGAAGAGACCAAACUGCUGACCAUCAUUGACUAUGAGUAUGCAAGUUUUAACCCAGUUGCCUAUGACAUCGCAAACCAUUUUUGUGAGAUGGCUGCGGACUACCAUUCAGAAAAGCCGCAUGUACUGGACUACACUAAAUAUCCAGAUACCCAUGAGCGGAAGCAAUUUGUGCAGACGUACUUGAGCUCAUCAGGUGAAGAAUCUGACGCGGAGGUAGAAAAUCUGAUCAAAAGCAUUGAGAAGUACACCCUUGCCAGCCAUCUAGUUUGGGGCCUCUGGGGAAUAAUUUCGGAGCAUGUCAAUGAUAUCGACUUCGACUACAAGGAGUACGCGAGGCAAAGGUUCGAGCAGUACUGGCUGAAGAAGACAACGAUCCUAACUGCUCAGACUGCUGAAUAGAUCCCGAGCAUCAGGUUCUGCACCGAUGGCCUCUGCUGCACAUAGCUCGUCCAGUGUUGUCGACGUAUUGAGACUUGAGAUCUGUCCCUGGGACACAAGGUUGUGAGGAAAGGGAGAUAAAAAAAAAGGUUGUGAAGAAAGGCUGAGCCCACAGGCCAGGUCAGGCAUCCAGGGCUUUAUUCGUUUGGUAGUUCGGUUGUUCAUAGUGUAAGGCGACAGGUGUCAGUGAGCCCUGAUUGCUCUCUGUACGAUGGAAUGAUCACUUUCUGUAUGUGCUUGCUUGGUUUGUGGCUGGCUGAGUACUGCAUUUAUGUCUUCAGUUUAUGGAAAAUAUGUCUAUUGGGUCUCAGAUAAAGAGUU